AUGGAACCACAGAAUCUUACACUUGUCUCAGAAUUCCUCCUCCUGGGCCUCACAGAGGAUCUGGAUUUGCAGCCCCUUCUCUUUGUGCUCUUCCUGUCCAUGUACCUGGUGACCCUGCUUGGGAACCUGCUCAUCAUCCUGGCUGUCACCUCUGACUCCCACCUCCACACACCCAUGUACUUCUUCCUCUCCAAUUUGUCCUUGGCCGACAUCAGUAUCAGCACCAUCACUGUCCCCAAGAUGCUAGUGAAUCUCCAAACACACAGAAGAUCUAUAAGCUAUGCAGGAUGCCUAGCUCAGGUGACCUUUUUUACUCUUUUUGCUUCUUUGGAGAGUCUACUUCUGGCAGUCAUGGCCUAUGACCGGUUAGUGGCCAUCUGUCACCCCCUACACUAUCUGGUCAUCAUGAACCCCCAUCUCUGUGGCUUGUCGGUCCUGGUAUCCUUGUCCAUCAGCCUUUUGAACUCCCAGCUACACUACCUGAUGAUGUCACAGCUCACCUUCUGUGCAGAUGUGGAAAUCCCUCAUUUCUUUUGUGAACUUUCCCAGCUCCUCAACCUUGCCUGUUCUGACACCUCCACCAGUAACAUAUUAAUCUAUUUCAUUGGUGCCAUCUUUGGUGGAAUUCCACUCUCAGGAAUCCUUUACUCUUAUACUCGAAUUCUUUCUUCCAUUCUGAGAGGCUCAUCAUCAUCAGGAGGGAGGUAUAAAGCCUUCUCGACGUGUGGCUCUCACCUGUCAGUUGUUUGCUUGUUGUAUGGAACAGGCCUUGGGGUGUACCUCAGUUCGGCCAUCUCCUCCUCCCCCAGGAAGGGUGCAGUGGCCUCGGUGAUGUACACUGUGUUCACACCUAUGCUGAAUCCCUUCAUCUACAGCCUAAGGAACAGGGACAUCAAGAGUGCCCUUUGGGCGAUUAUCAGCAGAAUAGUCUAA